AUGGAUGUAAUUUUCGAGCGGCAGAGAGGAAGGCCGUUUUCCAUCGAAGUCGGCUUCUUCGACACCGUCCAGGAAAUCAAAGAAAAGAUCCAGAAGUACCAUGGCAUACCGAUUUCUCGGCAAACCCUACUUUUCAAGUCGCAGGUCCUUCAAGAUGAACGCGACGUCGAGUACUGUGAGAUUCUACAGAAUUCCCACAUUCAGCUCAUCAUCAACCCUGAGUUGAAUAGUAAGGAACCUCCGCCGACCCCCACGAAGCAAAUUCAGCUUAAUAUCAAAUUCCCAUCCUCAAACUCCCAUUUCCCCUUGGAAAUGAAUGUGAGCGAUGCCAUAUCGCACGUGAAAGAGAAGAUUCACGAGAUUGAUCAGUCCAUUCCCUUGAAUAUUUUCGUUCUCCAUUGCAAUGGGAAGCAGCUCCAAGACCAUCUCUCAGUAGGAGAAUCUGAGCUCUUCAAUAAUUCCGAGAUCGAAGUGAUUGUCAGGAAUAAUUCUCAGACAACUCCCGGGACAGCAGCCACUACGAAUAAUAAGAAGCUCAGGAUAAUGGUGCUAACGAAGUGCGGGACGAGGAAAAUUCCGGUGGAGGUAAAUGCUGGGGAUAACGUCGGGGAGUUGAGGAGGGAGCUUCAGAGGUUGCAGCAGAGGAUGAAUAACUUCGCUCUGCCACCAGAGGGAUAUUUUUUCAUCUACCGACAGAACGUGAUGGAUGAAGACAGGUCGUUCCGAUGGCACCAUGUCGGGCAAGGCGACACGAUUGAGAUUUUUAAUGGAAGUGUCACCGGUGGAUCGUAAAU